AUGCCCAGAAUAGCGAUUUCGGAGGAGGUAUCAAAACCUAGGCCGAAGACUACUCCGAGCGGAUACAUCUUCCACGGCCGGUCAAUCGCCUUGAACAGCUUUCCCAGCAUCCGGAGACAUGGCAGCCGUGGCAGCGUUUGGGUCCUCGUACCGGUCGCCAUACAUGGCACGCUGGGAGAGAGCAGCCCGCAGGCGCUUGAUCAAGGUGUAGAGCACCCACCCGUUGGCAAUGCACAAAAUUAUGAGGAACACAGCGCUGACAGAGGUCCCAAUGAUGUUUCCUACUCUAGUGAAGCCAUCGAAGCGCUCUCUGAGGGCGCCACUGGUGGCAGCAACAACGAUACAGGUGAUGAUGACAAUUGUGCUGUGGCCCAGACUGAAGAAGGUGCCGACAGUUGCCGGUCUCUGUCCACUGGCGAUCAGUCUUCUGGUUGUGAGAUCGAUAGCCGCGAUGUGGUCAGCGUCAAGCGCAUGCCGUAG